AAAACAAAAUAUGCGCAUGCGCGGUCAACUUGUGGCGCACGACAUGCCUUCCACGCCAUUAGCCAAAGAAAACUAAACAGUAUUGUAAAUUAUAUUAUUACCCAGCUACGAAUGCCUACAUUGGUGUAUUGUGGUUACAUUAUUCAACGCGUGUAUACUGAAAUCUUUCCUUUUACACGAUAGGGUCUUUAGACAUGUUGAUGUCAAGUAGUAGCUAACUAGCUAAUGUCUGAGCACGUAAACAGACUACUUAAAAUCUGACUGAAGAUAACUAGCUUUCCUCUGGCUGCAACAUGGGACGAAAAAAACAGGGAAAGUUCGUACGAUCUGACAACAAGGGCAAAGAUAAAAGGCAUAAAAUGAAAGGGAAAUCAUUAGAGGCCUUUACAGAAGAAAUGCACACUGCUUUUGAAGCAAGUCUUCAUGUAGAGGAGGGAGCAGAGGCCCCUCAGGUGAAGCUACCUUGUCCACUUGCCAUGUGGGAUUUGGGUCACUGUGAUCCUAAACGUUGCACUGGAAGGAAGCUGGCCCGCAAGGGGUUUGUACGAAACCUGCGCCUCAAUCAGAGAUUUAACGGACUCAUCCUGAGUCCAAUGGGGACAAAGUAUGUGACGCCAGCUGACAGAGAGAUUGUGGCUCAAAGUGGGUUAGCAGUGAUCGAUUGUUCCUGGGCUAAACUGGAGGAGACUCCUUUCAGUAAGAUGGUUGGAGCUCACCCCAGGUUACUGCCGUACCUCGUAGCUGCAAACCCGGUCAACUACGGCAAGCCUUGCAAGUUAUCCUGUGUUGAGGCUUUUGCUGCCACAUUCUGCAUUGUUGGUUUUGAAGAGCUUGCCAUGCUCUUGUUGCAGAAAUUCAAGUGGGGAACUGUGUUUCUGGAUCUGAAUAAAGUUCUCCUGGAGCGCUAUGCUGCUUGCCAGUCAGAGGAAGAGCUGCUCUCUGUGGAAAAGGACUUUUUGACAACUAAACCAGAGGAGGAUGAGUUUGAUCCAUUUGAUGUAAACUCAGGAGUAGAAUGUGGGAAUCUCAACAGACGCAUGUGUGCCGUUGAAGAUGAUGUUUCUAGUGACGAGGAAACAGACACCUCAGAGGACGAAGAAGAUGAAGCAGAGGAUGAAAGAACAAAGAGCAACAAUAAGUCAAGAAUAGCCUCACAUCAUGAGGAUGAUAAUGAUGAUGAUGAUGAUGAUGAUAACGAAGAAGAGACUGAAUCAAAGACACCACAAUAAAGAAUAUUUAAUCCAAGGAUUAUUCUAUUCAAAGGACCGGCAAAACAUUUUUUGAUACUCAUGUUUCAUACUUGCACUAAUAUUCAGGACUAUCUGGUUUGUGCAAGAAGGCCCAACCCGAAAAAUAAAAAGUAAAUAUUUCAUGAAA